UGUUUGGAUUUGCUGAUUCGUAAUUGUUAUCCCUAAUAUUUUGCAAUAUAUUUCAAAAUAUUUGCCUUGUCUUGUAAAAAAUCUCAAUAUACGUGAACUAUUAUUCCAUGUCGUUAAAAAACCGCCUUCGAUAGAAGAAAGUUGAUCAGCAAAAUGUCAAAGAAACAAAAGGAAGCUCUAGUUUUCGUUGUUAAUGUCGGAAAAACGAGUAAAGAAAAAGCUGAGAAUGAAACCGAAUCUUUUUUGGAUAAAUCAAAAAAUAUCAUCAAACAGGUUAUGGAAAGAAAGAUAUUCAUGCGUCCAGAAGACAUAGUGGGUGUAAUCUGCAUGGGCUCAAAUAAAACUAAAAAUAAACCAGGUAUGGAAAAUAUCCAGGUACUCAAAGAUGAUUUACUAGUGCCGACCUGGAAUUUAGUUGAGGAAGUCCUUGCACUUGAGGGAACCGAAAAAACAUCAAAUUGGGUCGAGGGAUUACACGUUGCUCUCCAAUAUAUGAAAGAAAAUUGCAUGGGUCGCCAACAUAUUGCCAAGAUAAUGAUUCUCAACGAUUUUCAAGAAGAGGAGGACAUAAUGGAGCAAUUUAGUGCAGGAACUAUCAAGGCUGAGGUUUUGGAUUCUGUCAGUUCCGAAUUGAUUAUUAUUGGAAAAAAUCCGCUGGAUGAAGCGCACAGAAAGGAAUUAAAUUUGAGCGAGAAACUCGCAUUGCACGUUUGCAAUAUGGUCGACGGUGUUUAUGAAGAAAUUGAUAAAUACUUUUGGGAAACACGUUUUUACAAAAAUCCACCAGUGAAUCCCAGUGCUUGGAAAUGCGAACUUAGGAUUGCUGACGUUAAGAUUUAUACUUCGACUUACGUGAAGGUUACAGAACCUCCGCCCUUUCCAAGCUGGAAAAUUACGACCGGGGAAAAUUCUGUAGGAUAUCCUCCAGACGGUGGAAAUGAUGUGAAAAAAACUAGGGAACUGGUUGAUCGAUAUAGAGAUAUUACUGAUCCUGAAGAGGCCAUCAAAGGUUAUAAAUACGGAGGAAAAUUCAUCCCCUUUUCUGAGGAAGACGUCGAAGUGACAAAAUUCCAAGGAACCACGAAAUCAUUAAUUGUUCGCGGUUUCGUGAAACAGGAGGACGUUUCAAUCGAAUAUUGGUUUGGAAAAGGUUGCCAUGUGAUUGUCGCAUCGCUGGGUAGUGAGAGGCAAUUUUAUUCUUUACUCACUGCGAUGAGAGAUUUGGGUCUCGUUGCAAUUGUGAGAAAAGUUUAUUGUGCAAACAGUAUUCCGAAAAUGGGAGUUUUGUUUCCCAGAAUGCAGCCAGGCGAACCUGCGUGUCUCGUUCAUGUUUCUAUUCCUUUUGCGGAGGAGAGACGAGUUUUGAAAUCGAAACCUGUGAAAACUCUGGCGAAAAAUUUAAGUGAGGAGCAAAAACAGGACAUUGAAGAUUACAUUGAUGCUUUUACUCUGCCGCCAAAUGAAGAUGGAGAAGUUGAGCUAUUUAAUCCAGGAAGUUUUUGCGAUCCCUGCAAACAAUACAAGUGGGAUAAUUUAUCUCAUCGGGCCUUAAAUCGGGUGCCUUUACCUCCCAUGGACAAAGCUCUUUUGAAUUUAAUUUCCUCGCCAGAAUCGUUGAUUCAAAAGUGCAAACCUGUUGUCGAAAGACUCAAAACAUGGGUCGAACCGAAAGUGGAGAAACCAAAAGAGAAAUUCGAAAUCGGACACAAAAUCGAAGAAAUUGAUCAAGAAACGCAGCAAACCGAAGAAAAUUUGAUAAGAGCGGCAGAAGAAGCUGAACACGAGAUGAAAAGGAAGGAAGAUCUCUUCAAAGAAAUCAGUGAAGCUACGACGGCAAUGGAUGAAGAUCUUUUGAACGAGAUGUAAAGGAUCACAAAAAAAUGGAUUCAAAUUUGGAUGGAAGUGCCAAGCGCAGAUAAGACAAUUUCAGUUAUUUAUUAUACUUAAAGAACCAAAUCUGUUAUUGAUUUUUUAUUCUUUCAUGUAGAACUUAAUCGCUGGUUGAUUAAAAAAAAAUCAAUAAAAAAUCAGCUCUUCUCCUUAAAUAUUAAUUACUUAUAGCGGAGUGUAAUUUUUCGUACAAAUUUUUUACUUUAAUAAGA